GCUGACACCCUGUCGUACUGUGAGUAGAGGGACUCUCUCUCACACACACGCACACACACACACGCACACACACUCCGGCUGUGCUGCUCCACGCGUGCAGCCUGGACACAGACCAACCUGCAGACUCAAACAGCUCGGACUUUAUUUUCCUGACUUUUAUUCUCUCAGUCCAGAAAGAGUUGAUCUGACGGUGAGCGGACCCGAACACACCGUGAUCCGGAUCCACAGCUGCAACUUUGUCUUUUUACUCUUCCUAAAUUUUCAGCCUCUGAGGAGAGAAGAAGCCCCGGAGGACAUGCCGGGGUUUGUGGCUUUGUUGGCCGCGGUUGCAGUCCUCUCGGCCGGGUCCAGGAGCUCCGUGGCCGCGGUGGAGAUGCAGAGCUCCGUGGCCGUGGAGGAGGACAGGACAGCGGCGGCAGCGGGGAACAGCUCCGCGGUGGUCAGGGCGGAGAGCUCCGAGGACGGGGACAGAGGAGCGGGGCGGGCUGGCUGCCCUGGCCGCUGUCGGUGCGAGGUGGACGGGCUGCUGCACCGGGUGGACUGCUCGGACCUCGGGCUCCGGGAGAUACCGAGCAACCUGAGCGUGUUCACGUCUUACCUGGAUCUCAGUAUGAAUAAUCUGACUGUGCUGUCCAGCGGAGCUCUGACCAACCUGCACUUCCUGGAGGAGCUGCGCUUGGCGGGAAACGAUCUGUCAUUCAUCCCCAGAGGAGCGUUCACCGGCCUCUACAACCUCAAAGUGCUGAUGCUUCAGAACAACCAGCUGAUGUCUGUACCUGCUGAGGCCUUCAACAACCUGCACAACCUGCAGUCACUCCGCCUGGACGCCAAUCACAUCUCCAGCGUUCCCACCGGCUGUUUCUCCGGCCUCCGCUCUCUCCGUCACCUGUGGUUGGAUGAUAACUCUCUGACGGAGGUGCCGGCGGAGGCUUUGAGCGAGCUGCCUGCCCUGCAGGCCAUGACGCUCGCCCUCAACCACAUCAGCCACGUCCCCGAUCACGCCUUCAGCAAGCUGGGCCGCCUGGUGGUGCUGCAUCUCAACAACAAUAGGAUCGUUUCCAUGGGAACGAACUGCUUCCACGGACUCCACAGUUUGGAGACGCUAGAUUUGAACUACAACAGUCUGGUCGAGUUUCCGACGGCCAUCCAUUCGCUCAGUCACCUCAAGGAGCUUGGUUUCCAUAGCAACAACAUCCAGUCCAUCCCGGAGCACGCCUUCACCGGGAACCCCUCACUGAUCACCAUAUUCUUCUACGACAACCCGAUCCAGUCUGUUGGACGAUCUGCGUUUCAGAACCUCCCGGAGCUGCGAACACUCUCUCUGAACGGAGCAGCCGAUCUCACCGAGUUUCCAGAUCUGACGGGAACCAAGAGCCUGGAGAGCCUGACCAUCACAGGAGCUCGGAUCACCUCUCUGCCCAGCUCAGUGUGUGAACAGCUUCCAAACCUACAGCUGCUUGACCUCUCCUAUAAUCAGAUCCAGACUCUUCCCAGCUUCUCUGGCUGUGAGAGCGUCCAGAAGAUUGAUCUGCACCAUAACGAGAUCGAGGAACUGGAGGAGAACACCUUCCACGGUCUGAUGUCACUACGCUCGCUCGACUUAUCGUGGAACCGGCUGACUUCAGUGAAGCCGAACUCUUUCUCUGCUCUGCCUGUUCUCAUCAAACUCGACCUGUCGUCCAAUCAGCUGUUGUCUCUGCCUCUGACUGGUCUGCAGAGUUUAACUCACCUGCGAUUGGCUGGAAACACACAGCUGAUGGAGCUAAUACCACGAGAGGAGCUGCCCCGAGUCAGGGUGAUGGAGCUGCCCUACGCCUUCCAGUGCUGUGCCUUCGUCUCCUGUGAGAGAAGAGGAGGAGGUGGAGGUUCAUCCUGGGAGAAAGAGGAGGCAGCAGACUCAGCUGGCAGAGAAACCUCCGUCCUCUCCAGCCAAGUAGAUCAGGACUGGGAGGAUUUCCUGCUGGAGUUUGAAGAUGAACCCAAACUUCAACACUCGGUCCACUGCAGCCCUGCACCAGGUCCGUUCCGCCCCUGCCUCCAUCUGCUCGGCAGCUGGUUGAUCCGUGGAGGGGUGUGGCUCAUCGCCGCGCUCUCAUUGGUCAGCAACAGCCUGGUCGUCCUGUCAGUGUUCUUUUCCCCCACCGCCGCAGUGACGCCACCCAAGCUGCUGAUUGGUCUGCUGGCCCUGGUGAACGGCCUGAUGGGAGUGUGGAGUGGGUGGUUGGCGGCGGUGGAUGCCUGGACGUUUGGAAGCUUCUGGAGGUACGGAGCGAGGUGGGAGAGCAGCUUCCUGUGUCGCCUCAGCGGCUUCCUGUGUGUGUUUGCGUCACAGACUGGUCUCUUCCUGCUCACCGUCGCAGCUCUGGAACGAUGCCUGGCCGCUGCCACACGCCGCCACAAACCUGACGGACACAACGAUCGCUACUCUUCAUCGCUCUCUGUCCGUCUGGCCAUCUGUCUGUGCUUUCUGUUGGGCCUGGCCAUCACGCUGCCCCCCCUGGUGGCUGGACACAGCAGCACCUCCCUCUGUUUGCCGCUGCCUUCCUCCUCCUCCUCGUCCUCCCUGGCCUUCUCCGUCUCCCUGGUGCUCCUCGACUCGUUGUGUUUUCUCCUCAUGACGCUCGCCUACACUCACCUUUACUGUCGGGCCAACAAAGCUCCGCCCGCCGCUGAGGAGGAGGUGGCGUUGACUCGACACGUAGCCUGGCUGCUCUUCUCCGACUGCCUCCUCUACCUCCCAGUCGCCUUCCUCUCCUUCUCCUCCCUGCUGCGCCUCUCCACCGCCGGGCCGGAAGCAGCGAAGGGCGUGCUCCUGCUUGUGGCUCCGCUGCCGGCCUGCGUCAACCCGCUGCUCUACAUCCUCUUCAACCCGCUCGCCCGACAGGAGCUGGCGGCGCUGGCCAAACGCACCUGUGGGGCCGUGGCUGUUCCUAGACUCUGCAGAGGAGGAGGAGGAAGAGGAGGAGCUGGAGGAAGGUCGAGGCCGAACAUGAUGGAUUCAACAUAUGAUGAGGAUGCAGAGAAACAGUCGUGUGACUCGACGCAGGCGCUGGUGGCAGUUGGAGGCACGAAGGAGGAAGAGGAGGAGGAGCGAGGAAGAGGAAGGAGCGAGACACAGCAUUCAGUGGUGUUUGUUGUUCCUCGUCAAUAGACUGAAACGCACACACACACACACACACACACACACACACAAGGUCUAAAGUUCUCACCUGCCAAAGUUCUAAACAACGAAUCAGAGACUCAGCUGAGCUCGUCAGGUAAACUCAGUCUGUUUUUUAGUAUUUUGAGGGAAUUAAUUUUGCUUUUAUUGUGAAGGACACUGUGGAAAGAUGACAGGAAGUGAGAAAAGACAAAGAGGAAAUGACAUGCAACAAAGAUAUCAAACUACAGUGAGCAUCCAAAAUCCUGACGGCACCAAUUCAUUUGUGGACUCCAGUUUUGAUGCCUCGAGUUCGGCAUUUCGGUGGUCGCCAUUUUGGAUUUUUGGAGCCAGAAGUGACCAUAUUUGGACAAGAGGGUGGAGCUAACUCUCAAAUGCUAGCUGCUAGCUUACUUAGCACGGUGCAUUCACAGCCUGUUUAGGCCUGGUAUUAACGUGCGUCUUGGAUGAUCUGUUCACGAGUAGACAGCGCUAAAUACAAGUCUAAACAACCACAAAGACGUGAUGUGAUCUGAUCACUCAAACCACUCGCUGAGGUGGUCUUGGACGCAUUUGACCACGUAUAUUUUGUAGUAUAAACACUAACACUGUCCCGAUGCGUCCCCGACAAGGACUAUGUUAUUGGUGUAGGACGUGAUGGUUGAUUUGGUGACAGCACGCUAAUGCCCUACAGCUUGCCCAUUUUACGUUGAGUUGGACGAAGUGUCGCGUGACUGUACAUCAUUUUGCCCCAUUGAAGGAGACGUGUUGAAUCCUGCCGACAGCGAUAUCUCCAGCUGUACUGAUACAACUGCUAACAUGAGCAGCUAACAUUCUACGGAACACCUAGGAAACGUGUGAACAUAAUAACUGUGCAAGGGGCGGUAACAAAAUCUGAACAUCUGUUCGAUGUGUCUCGCAUGUUAAUACCAAGUGUAAACAGGCUCUCACAUAAUGCUCAUACUAAUUUUAACCAGUGAAAAACAAGCUUAAAACCAUUAAGAUAAAAUGUGCUUACUGCAAACGUUCAUCCUUAGAGCCUCAAGUACAACCAAACGCUGAGUAAGAUUUUUUUUAGGUGGCAAAAAUAUGCAAAUGAACUGAAAACACUGAAAAAGCAACAGCUACAGCUACACCGUGGUAGUAUCUCGUCAACAGACGGCACCCAGCUGACACUUAAAGUGGCCACACCCUUUAUUAUACGUAACUUUAAUCCUUAAUAAAAUGUAAAGAGGUAGUUAUAUAAAAAUUAAUCCGCAGUACAGUUGUGACGAUUGUUGAAAUCAGCUACAGAGACCAAAGCAGUUUUUUAACCAGGCUGUAAACAAGUUUAUUUCUGCUGUGACGUUUUAACAUGGAGGUCUGUGGGGACUGACUCGCUCUUGGAGCCAGCCCCUAGUGGACAUUAGAGGAACUGCAGUUUUUGGCACUUCAGUAUUGGCUUUGGUUUUAAGCCUCGGAGGUUCCUGCUCGGCCCUGACCCCACUAGCAAACCCCCGAUUCUGUUGUGUGUUUUGUCCCAGAUAGCCACUGGUGUUGAAAUGAACGCCACAGGGGGCGCUAUACCAGGACUUUUGGCAGGUGAGUCAAAGACUUCGUUUUGAACACACACAGAUACAGAUACACAUACACACAGAUACAGAUACACUGCAGACUGACGGGACUGUGUGGUAGCAAAUGUAGCAGAGAAAGUGAAGCCGAGAAAAAGUUAAAGGACAGAUCAAAGCAAACGAGGAAAGAAGACACUUGAGAACUGUGUUGGAUUUAAACAUCUUCCACUCUCUGAUUGGUCAAGCUGAGCUUCUUGCCAGAGCACACAAAUCACAAACACACACCUACACAAAUACACACACACACACACACAUUAUGAGUUAAUUCAGCAGCUUUUAUUUUGAAAUACGACACGAUUUACAGCUUUGUGUUACCAAACAUUUACCAAAUGUUUCACCAAAUGCUGCUGAGCUUUAUGUCUGUCUGUUUGUGUGUGUGUGUGUAUGUGUGUGUGUGUCCAGCUAAUGUGUUUUUGCGAGUGUGUGUGAAAACUGUAGCGUCUGUGUGAGUUUCGUCACACAGUCGAUCACCCUAAAAACUGAAAACAGGAAUCUGGAGACAAACAAGUUCAUGUACAGCGGCUGAAAAAACACAGAACUGCUCCUUUAAAAUAUCGUCGCCUGUAAUGUUGAUGAAGCUGUGUUAAUGGAAAAGAUUCACAUGACAAUACCGAAACCAGCAAUUAAUUCACAUGACAAAAAAGAUCCUUUGUGUGUGUGUGUGUGUGUGUGUGUGUGUGUGUUUGUGUGUGUGUGUGUGUGUGUACAAUAAAUGUGUGUACAUACUGUUGUAAAUAGGAGCUACUGUGACAAUCCUGUUUUCCUUUUAUUAGACUGUGAGAAAAUGUUUAUAAUGUUUGUAUAUUUACACUUUUGUCAUUUUAAAUGUCUCAAAUUCAGAUUAAAUCCAGACACGAUUUUCUACGUUUA